AAUCCCAGCGUCCAAUGACGACACGGCUCCUGCCCACUUUCCGCCUAUCAGAGACAGUUGUUGUUUGGCCUCCGCCCCCAACCUUAUUACCGGCAAAGUUGCGCUCUUCACACACGAACACUAUUACCUUUUGGCUGAGUAGACGAUCGUUUCGCCUUUAUUAGCUUGGAUCAGCUUAAUACUAGAGCCCGAGAACUGUAAUUUUAACUAAACUAACUAAAUCUUAGCGUGGAAAUUGGAAUCUUCCAUCUCUGUUUCCAUGGUGACGGCCGACUCCGUCCUGACUAAGAUCAUACCCAGUGCACGGCGCUGUAGAAUCACUUCUGCGUCGGCAUUUGUGAUUAUUUAAACAUACAAUGCAGUUUGCGUACUGGAUUCGGCGUCGAUAUUUUUUGGUCCAAUCCACGAAUACUCCCCUACUGAAGUAGUUGCGUCCGCCAUUGUACCCGGAAGCUGCGUGUUUUGAAAGGAAGCGUGCAGAGGCUUGUCAGCGAAGAACCAGCUUAUUUCACUGGAUCACCUCGACCAGCAGUGACAAGUCCCAAUCACCUGUCAGCGCUGAGACAAAGUCCUUGGUUCAAACCUGAGAGGGGGUCGCGUGUUUACGCACCUGACGAAGGGCUGCUGACCCCUCCCCCCUCAGUGUACCCCAUUGGCUAAAGAGGUGUGAAGUAACCCCACCACGUGUCGUUCUCUUGCAGUUGGUCAGGCACCCUGUUUCUAGGAUGAGCUCUGUACCAGAAUGGGUGCUGAUUUCCCUCAUAGCAGUCCUAGUAGUAAUUCUACUUCUCACCUUGUUUGCCUUAGCUGUGUAUUCAGGGCUGCUCACAGAAGUAGAGGUUCGGGCAGGGCCCCCGCCUAUUCGAGGUGUGGUGUUGGCCUACAAAUUUCGAGUGGGACCUUAUGAUGAAAGUGGGAAUUUGUAUACAGAAAACGUCAGUCUUGCUCCGAAGUUGGUGUCCAUUGGGGUUUACUAUGACAACCCCAUGAAGGUCCCUGUGGAGUUUUGCAGAUAUAUAGUGGGCAGUAUUCUCAGUGAAGGAGAUGAAAAGCCACUUCCGGAUCAUGUCAGAAUAUUCCGUAAACAUGGCUUCAAGUUCUGUGUUUUGCCAGAAGUAAAUCAUGCAGUUAUGGCUACCUUCCCAUAUACCACCCCUUUCUCAAUCCAGCUCGCAACUACCCGAGUUCAUCCAGCACUGGAGAAAUAUGUUAAGGAGAGAAAGCUAUGUGCUCAUCCUUAUUUAGAAAUCUACAAAGGGGACAAGAUAAUCUUCAUGUGCCCACUGUCUCGCCAGGAUGAGUUCUAUGUUCCAGAGAUGAAGGAGCUGCUUAGGAAAGAGAAAGGAGAGACAGGGCAGCCUGAGCCUGCAGCUGAACUGGAAUGUUUGUUACCAGAGGAAAUCUUAAGCCUAGACUUGGUCUCUGAGAGCCCAGAAGAACUGGAAGGUGAAGGUGCGCAGAAGAAGAGACAUGCAGACAGUGAGAGGAGUCACAGCGAGUCAGGGGCUAGUGGUUCCUCGUUCGAAGAAUUGGACUUGGACAGCAGUGGGGCAGUUGCAAAGGCCCAGAUGGACCCUCAUAACAAGUGGAGCCAGAAGACAACAGAAUCAUUGGAAAAAGAGAGAGCAGAGGAAUAAGGCAGCAUGCGCAUCAGGCCCCUUUUUCAUUUACUUUAUUACUUUGCUUCCUAGUUGUUAUGUCUUCAGAAGUCCUUGUCAUACUCUGUCCAUGUUACCUUUUGUGCUUAUUUUUAUAUAUAUAUUUUUUUUUUACUUUUCAUAGAGACAGUGUAAACUCUCGAAGAAGAUUCAUAUGGGUUGUUAGUCCAGAAUGCUCAGGAUGAUUCAGAGUAAUGUUUGUAAGUUAUACUUGAAAAAAACAAUCAAUAUCUCACAAAGUACAGACCAAGGAAUAUGUGUUCUUAUGACUUAAGAGACAUUUACUGUGUUAUGCACACAGGGACAGAGUCCUAUAAUCCUUGGCAAUCAAUUAGUUAUUUUCUUUCAACAUUCUAACUGCAAUCAGCAGUCAAAGCUAACGCUCUUAACUUAUUUGUUGCUAUGGUUUACUGAACUGGGGGAAACCAUGUCCAUGUUUGUGCAUAGUGUUGCAUGCCUUUCUUUACUGUGUUUCCUCAACCUAACAUUUUUUCAUGGAGCAUCUAAUACAGAGGUGACGUCUAUCACAGACUGGUAACAUGAAGCACUUGGUUGCACCACGAUAGUCUAUGGGUGCUGGGUGCAGCAGUGAAACAAAUGUAAAGUUGAGGUGUCAUAAAUAAGUAAACCAUACAAAUGUUUGCUUAAGGAACCACAAUAAUAAAUCAUUCAAUAAUUAAAAAUAUAUCAGAAUAAAAAAAAUUAAGAA